AUGGGAUACUUAGAAUUUUUACAAUUUUUACCUAAAUACGUUGUAGGUAGUCUCUCGGCCAUUGCAAUUAUGGGAGAUUCGCCCUAUGAUUUCUACGAAAAGACAAUGUGGUUCUUUCGAUGCUUUGGGUGUCCCUUUGAUGGACUGUUACACUCCCUCAUAGGAGGUGAAAAAGUAUCUUGCUGUUUAUACUGGCUUUCAUCAAAUUAUUUUAAGCUAAAAAACAACGAAGAUUCAAAUGACAAUGGUACCCAUUAUCUAAAAUAUAGACCUUUUGGAUUUUAUGCAAUGAAACUGAAUAAAGAUGAUAAAGAGCAAAAUGAGCGUAUAAAUAAAUACGUAAAACGAUGCACAGCAAAUUUACCCGUACUAGAAAGAAUUUCUUUAUUUAUUACAUCAUAUUACAUAAUAUUUGGUGUAAUAGAAGGAGUUUCCAUGAUGUAUGGAAAAAUCUUUUGUGAAGAAUGGGCAUAUUUACCAUUAUUAUUUUCCUGGACUAUACCCGUAAUUUGGAAAAGAGGAAAAUACGGGGUUCAAGUAGUUAUAGAUCCUAAAUUGGUUUUUAAAAAUAUACAAAUUAUUGUGGAUGAAAAUCCUACAAAUAAAUUUCCAUUUAAAAAACGUGUGACCGUUACGAUAACUGCUUUAUUAUCAAUAGUUUAUCCUUGGGUGACAGUAAUAAUCGUCUACUUUACACCCCCAGUUGGAUAUUAUUGUCGCAGCAAAUAUGUAACAUUAAUCUGUGUCAUCUGGUCAUUUAAUAGUGCUUUGGCUUAUUUUUGGCAUAUAAAAGGAGAAAGUGAUUUAAUCAUGUCAGGGAAUGGGUGGCUACAUGUUUGGUUUUGCACGUCUGGUUUUAUAGUGGCAAUUCUCGUGUUAUUUCUAGGAAUUUUUACCGGGUAUAACACAUUGUGGGUUGAUUAUUUCGGGGAUGCUUGUGAUUUGUCGAGCAUAGGAUGCUAUUGA